AUGAAAUUUUCAUUUGAUUAUUUUCUAUUUAUUUUAUUUCUUUACAUUCAACAAACUUAUCUAUUGGAGCAGAGAAUAUCCGAUGAACAUCUUGGCAGUACAGGAAAACAUUUAUUUCAUUUUGUACACGUCACAGAUAUACAUGCAACUCACUUCGGUCAUGCUGAUCGACUGGAACAAUUUGAACAAUUUUGCAAUCAAAUCAUUAAAUCUUUAAUCAAGCCGCAAGUUACUGUGAUAUCAGGUGAUUUAACACACAAUCGUGAUCCUGGCUUUUCAUCUAAUCAAUAUGAACAAGAAUGGAUUAUGUAUAGAAAUAUUUUAAAUCGAACUAAUGUAACACAACAUACAGCAUGGCUUGAUAUGAGAGGAAAUCAUGAUGUAUUUAUGGAUCCAGAUCCCCAGUCAAGUAAAAGUCUUUAUCGUAUUUAUUCACAUCAAGGAGCUUCACACAAAGGUUCAUAUCAAUAUACAUUAACAACAAAUGAUAAUGAUACGUAUUCAUUUGUUGGUAUUGAUUUGUGUCCACGACCAGGUGCUGGUCGUCCAUUCAAUUUUCUUGGUCAUAUCUCAGAAGAAGAAAUGAUAAAUAUAAAAAAUUUAUCUGAACAAACUCAAAAUUCAAAUACAACAAUAUUUUUUGGUCAUUAUCCCUUAUCAUUUACCUAUUCAAAAGGACUUAUGGAAUUAAUGCAUCAUGGAAUUGCUUAUUUAAAUGGACAUCUUCAUACGAGUAUUAAAUAUCUAUAUGCUCAACAUUCUGAUGGAUUACUUGAACUAGAAUUAGCAGAUUGGAAAGAUCAUCGACGAUUUCGUAUAAUAACAAUCGAUUCAGGCCUAUUAUCAUUUGAAGAUUUUCAUUUUGAUCAACCAAUUUAUACUGUGAUAUCAAAUCCAAAAGCAGCUAAAUUUAAAACAUCGAGAGAACCACUCUAUCGUCUAAGUCAAAGUACACAUAUUCGAAUCGUUAUUUUUUCCCAAUGGCCAAUUAUUGAUGUAAAGGUGUCGAUUGAUUCAAAAUUUUUGGGUAACGCCAUACAAUCAAUUGAUAAUCAAAACUUGUAUGUUUUACAAUGGAAUGCAAGUUAUUAUCAUGAUGGUUAUCAUCAUAAACUAUCAGUUGAAAUCAAAGAUAAUCAAAACAAUAAAAUGAAAACUGAAAAUGAAUUCUCUCUUAGUACUACAACAGUAAUAGCAUGGACUCUAUCAAAGUUUAUUUUGUCUAUUCAUUGGCCAACUUUUGGUAUAAUUUCUAUAAGUGGAGCUUUAUGUGUCUAUAUUAUUGUUUUGAUGUUUUUUCGAUUCCGAGCAAAACGAAUGAUACCGUGUUGUGGUGUUUGUUUUACAUUAUGGAAUAAAGUUCGCUUACGAAUGAUGCUCUUAUGUUCUAUCGAUUUAUUUUAUUAUUCAUUAAUUGGCUUAGCAUUGUAUCAUUUUAUUGGUCCAUGGUAUAUCGGUUAUCUAACAGAUGGUCAUAUUGGUGCUGUUUUCCUUUGGGGCACGAUUAUGCGAGGAAUGUAUCUUCCACCUGAUAUGCAAACAUUUAUGGGAACUAUUCAAUUACUUUUAUUUUUAUUUCCAUUGACAUCAUGUUUAUGUUCAUCGUGUUAUUAUCGUUAUGUUCAGCUUCAAUCAAGUAUACAUCUUACUGAAUCUAAUUGUCAUCGUGCAUUUCGAAUAUACACGGUUUAUCUUAUAUUUAUCUAUACAGUUGUAUUUGUCCUAUUUUGGUCAUUUAUGUCGACAGCAUCAUAUAAAUUGGCAUGGAUAAUAUCACCAUUUGGCGUUGCAUUAGCUGCAUUUUCCUCGUUUCUUUUUCUAAAAUCCAAACGGUUAAAAAUAGAAGAUUUUAAAUUUCAAUCAAUAACAAAUGAACAUGAUGAUUCAAUAAAUGAAAAUAUUAUUGAAGGCGACGAUCAACAAUCUAUUGUGACAGAAUCAUUACCAAGACAAAUGCUUUGA